AACGGGCCGCGCCAUCACGAGGGUGCCCAGACAAGCCGUGGCAGUCGGCACCAGGUACAACGAAGCUCGCGGCCGCGCUGCCUGCCGGUAAUCGGCUCUCUUCUUAGUAACUCGCUAGCGACAACACAUCGCACAAGCUCGCACUCGCACUCACUGAGCCAUUACUCAGCACACCUACUCCAGAUCUCAUGGCGCCCCAGCGCCAGCACCUCCUCCCCACGGCCAUGGCCACGGCGUGCUUUCUCGCCCUCCUCCUCGCGCUGUGCACCGCACCGGCGCCGGCCCACGGCGCUCGUGCCCUGGAGUCGGGAGGCGCGAGCGUGGGCGCGGCCACCAAAGCGCCGUGGGGCAGCAACAGCACCACCAGCAACGCAACGGUGGACGAGUACCUGGUGCCGCACAACCAGGCGCGCGCCGCGGUGGGCGUGUCCCCGCUUCGGUGGAGCGCGGACCUGGCGUCGGCGGCGGGGAAGACCGUGGCCCAGCAGCGGCAGCAGAGUGGGUGCGCGUUCGCGAACAUGGGGGCCAGCCCCUACGGCGCGAAUCAGGGGUGGGCGAGCUACCGCGAGCUCCCGGUCGAGGUGGUGACGUCGUGGGUGGCGCAGGGGAAGUUCUACAGCCACGCCAACAACACGUGCUCGGCGGGGGUGCAGUGCGGCACGUACACGCAGGUGGUGUGGCGGCGCACUGCCGAGGUCGGGUGCGCGCAGGCCAGCUGCGCCACCGGCGCCACGCUGACACUGUGCCUGUACAACCCGCACGGCAACGUGCAGGGGCAGAGCCCCUACUAGCUCCGUGGCGGGCGAUCAGGUUUGUGUUCCUUCCGUUGAGCUGCCGGCGUCGGCGCCGGAGCCGGAGCACGAUGCAUGGCUAGAGUAAGAGGCGCACGUAGCUUUGGUCUUUUGUGCGGUUCGGUCACUGUAACUUUUUGUGAACUUGUGAUCUGGUGGUGUUCUUGACGUUCA